AUUGCUAAAAAAGCAACACGCACAAAGAAGUGAAUUUCUCUUCUCACGCAAAGCGGUUUCAAAGUGUUUGAAGCGAGUCCAUGUUGGCUGCUGCAGCAUCGGAAAGGCAAUCUCCCAAUAGUUUGAUAACGGAUCGCCUUUUCAGUGGCAGUUGAAUCUACGACCCSACGUAUGAUGCUUCCUAUUCAGUACUACUUCAAUGAUGAAAUUUUUGACAAUGAAUCGGCAUACGAACACAUCUUCAAAAUUCCAGGUCUUGGAUCAUUCGGAAUCAUCAAUUUGAGCAUUUCAUUUUGGAUCCACAGCUUUGUAUUCCUUUCUCUUCAGUCAGUUGCCAAUUUAUGCGUGGCUGCUUUUGUUUACAAAUUCAUCCUCGUUGUCAGGCCGGCGACGUCACUACAAACCACCAAGACUUCAUUUCAUCGUUCCUAUCUAAUCGGUUAUGGCUUGGUGUGCCCAACAUUGCUGCUCGCCCCUUUAUAUAUUGUUACUCAUUGCGUACACCUSAACAAUGUCACCUUGAUGGUAUGCCUUUGUGGAGCAUYUCCCAAUUUACUACUGCUACGAGUUGUUGAAGCGAUCCACGGGUUUGUUCCGUCGGCCUUUCUGCUCGUUGACGACGACGCCACAGCAGAUACAAGUAUUCAUGRGAACGGAAAAGAAGUUGUUAGGCCAGGAUUGCAGAAAGGAUCAAAGAAUGGAUUGGCAAGAUUUCUUCUGUACUACGCCGCAACACUGCAGGUUAAGAUCGACGAGAGAACCAAUCAACCAGUUCCCUUCACACGACAAAUCAUGAUCUCAAAAUUAAUGGGGUUCUUCUCAACCUUUUUGCAAACAAGCAUUAUGUACAGUCUAUUGCAAUCCUUUGAUUACGCUUUAGCUCCGUCUCGRCRUCCGAUCCAGAGUUUUGUGGAUCUUUAUUACUGGGGAAAUAUUUUGAAUGCCGUUGCAAUGGCCGCGUUGACAUCCCUUUUGUUGGAGGGCGGGGCCUCGGGUCUUGGAUUAAUCACAUCGUUUUGCUCGGGCCUUACCAUGGAAGAUUUUUCUCUGUCUCCCAUGACGCAAUCUUCAAGUCCGUCCGAUUUCUGGGGGAAUCGAUGGGACCGACCUGUGGCAUCCGCYUUGCGGCGUGGAGCCUAUCGUCCCUUGUUGCAAGCUGGAUACUCACGAAAAUUUGCCGCCAUAACAACAUUUUUGAUCAGUGGGUUCAUCCAUGAGUACAUACUGCUUCUAAUGGCGCAACGAAAAAGGACGCCCAACGAUAGCRGACAGGCGUUGCACCCRGAAGAAGAUGGAUCUUACCAACCAGAAUUCGGAAAUCAUUUUCUCUUUUUUGCGUGGAAUGGGAUCGUCUUAUGUUUGGAACGUUUGUUCAUKAGCACAGAAAAGGGGCGAGCUUUCUCAAURUGGAUGCAAUCGAAUGUGCCGAAACCAAUUCGCACGGCUCUGGUAUUACUGACAGUGCURCCAAUCGCACACCUCUUUACAGAUGAAUACGUGAAAGGCCGGUUUUACGACRACGCCGCUCACGCGUUUCCGAGGAUAAUAUAUUUAGGACAACCAGAUUCRUAGAAAUCUAAUACYUCCUGUCCCUAAACUAUGCCAAACAUCGAAGCGAUCAAAAUWGGAGAAGCUAAGUUUGCUUUUAGAUACUAUUAAUGCAUCGUGUYUGGUGUUUUCAAUAAAAUUCUCUAUCAUUC